CCACAUUCUGCACCGAGCACACGCCUCUACAAAGACGUUCUUACACCCAGACCGCAGCCUUAUGGAUGAAUAGUGCAUUGCGCUGCAGUUUAAUAGAUGUUAUGAACCGUUAUAUAUUUGCCUAGGAUUUUUUUUUUCCCAGAUACUUGUCCUUAAUUGAUAAGUGGAGUUAUGCGCACAUGAUAACGACCGGUUUGAAUAAUUUAAUAAAUCUGAUCAGGAAAGACUGCAUGGUGUAUUAUGGGAGCUCGUACAGCGCAGUGAUUAAGCAGACAUCCCCGUUUCUUGGAGGCGGUGACACAUGCAGUUGGUGAGAUGUGUCGUUCUUUUAAGUGAGAGUAUUUACACCCUUAUGCGACUUCUGUCCGGGGCUUUUGCGUGUCGCAUUUCAGAUGGUAAAGGGUUUAUAUUCUGCGGUUGAAACAGCUAGACUCUUGCAAUUCAAGACGAUUUUUAUCUGCAGUCUACAUGAAUUAAAUGGCAAUGCUGUACGACAUAUACCGAAGGAAUCCUUGCCGUGGUUAGGGUUAGAAAUAGACUUAGACGUUGGAUGAUGUUGCUUAGAGCGCUUAAAAUAGCGAACGUCUUAUCGAGUGUGAAUCUUCCGUAGGUUUGAAGGAAAUAAUACAUAUUUUUGGAUUUUCAGUCACUGGAUGCUACACUAAAGAAUGGGAUACUCCGAUCCGUCGGUUAGAGAUUUGCUCGGAAAUAGGUCUCUUUGUUUUAUAUUUAUAUGUGCUUUCGGACUGGUUACUCUUCUGCAACAGAUUCUUUAUGGCAAAAACUACAUUAAAAGUGGGCAACAGUUUAGCCGACUCAAAGGAGACGAAACGACAAAUUGGACCGGGCCGGUUAUUUUCUCGGAUGAUGGAUCACAGAAGCCUGCCAGAAAUGGAAAGAAAAGAUGUUUCCGUCAGAAUUUUCAGCGUCAGACAGAAUCAAUCAACUCCAUUAUUAUCGCUCCCUGCCUAGCUGAUAUUCAGAAGAAAAAAAACCGCUCGCAAAGGUAUAUUGAGCUGUAUGAUGGUCCUUAUGAUUUCAACUCCACGACAUGCAGGGAGUUCAGGCAGGAAAUCAUCGAGGUUAAGGUGCUCACAAUGGUAAAGACAACUGAUCUUUUUGAUAGAUGGCGAAAUCUCCAGGUGUGCAAAUGGGAGCAAAACAAUGUGGAAGCCAAUGCUUUCAAGGGCUUGUUAUCCCGCUGCUGCAAUGCACCCUCUUUCCUCUUCACGACCAAGAGAAACACGCCAGAAGGAACUAAGCUGAGGUAUGAGGUGGACACCAGUGGCAUACUGCACAUCGGUUCCGAGAUUUUCAAGAUGUUUCCUGAUGACAUGCCGUUCAGCCGGUCCCAGUUCAAGAAAUGUGCAGUAAUCGGCAACGGAGGAAUCAUCAAGAACAGCAAAUGUGGGAAGGAGAUUGAUUCUAUGGACUUUGUAUUUAGAUGCAACAUACCCCCUAUAUCUGAAAAAUAUGCGGUGGAUGUGGGUUACAAGACAGACGUUGUGACCAUUAAUCCAAGCAUUAUCACUGAAAGGUUCCAGAAGCUGGAGAAGUGGAGGAAGCCCUUUUACGACGUGCUGCAGGCUUAUGGGAACUCAUCGGUGGUGCUGCCGGCCUUCUACAACACCCGCAACACAGACGUCUCCUUCCGUGUCAAGUACAUGCUGGAUGACUUCGACUCUCAGAAGGGGGUGUUCUUCUUUCAUCCGCAGUACCUGCUGAAUGUGCAGCGCUUCUGGUCACUGCAGGGCGUUCGAGCUAAGAGGCUGAGCAGCGGCCUCAUGUUAGUGACCGCUGCCAUGGAGCUCUGCGAAGAGGUCCACCUCUACGGUUUCUGGGCCUUCCCUAUGAACCCUGCGAGUAUCUUCAUCACACACCACUACUACGACAACGUCAAGCCCCGGCCCGGGUUCCAUGCCAUGCCUCAUGAGAUCUUCAAUUUCCUGCACCUACACAGCAGGGGAAUCCUCCAGGUACACACUGGACCUUGUAGGUGACGGCCUAUGACCGUAUGACCAUCAGCUGUGUCUGGCUGCACCAUUUUUGUUAGUUGUGCAAAAUUUUGAUAGAUCAACGAUGCAUGAGGCUUUCCUCAGCUUUAUCCACAGACUUACUUUCAACCCAGAUGUAAGGUAAUACUUCUUUUUGUACCCUCCUUAUUUUCAUAAAGUGACUUAUCUUCAGGCUCGAUAUAAUUUAUAGAUUUGUUUGCAAUUUGCUUCAUUAAACGUAAUUAAUAAGACAGGCAAUCUUUUCAAUUAUUUCAGUUUAAUUUUGUUGCUUAAAUGUUGGUGGUCUUACCAAAUAAAUGUUGCUUCUUUAAUUUCGCUAAUGGCUGAAUUAUACUUCUUAGAUAUUUAUUCGAAUUUGCAAAAAGUAUUCUAACUGGAAAAAAGUGUUCAUGUCUCAUGUUUUUUUACAUGGCAGCAAAUGAGGAUGUGUUCAGAAUUGUUCUGAGCUCUUAAAUUUGUUUUUACCUAAUGUGAUUUUAAAAUGAUACACUUUUUAUAGUGUGUUUAAAAAGCAAUGGACCACCAAUGGUUAGAACCAUGUAAAACAAACAAGCUUUGCUCAGUUUUAACCAGUGUUUCUAAAAUAUUGGAAAUAUUUAAAAGGCUGACAAUGCUAGAAAAUAUGCAUUCUCUGUCUAUUCCUGCCAUGAUGUAUGAUAUAUAAAAUUUGACCUAAAUAAAAAUGAACAGGCAAAUUCAAUAUGAAAUGGUACUAUACUUAAUUUUAAACAAUAAUAUGUCUUUCAUAGUCUUACACUGCUUUGAGUGCAUAUUUACCGGCACCUGAAUAACUCAGUGUUGAUCUAAAUUUUAACCUUCAGAGGAAACGCUGUAGUACAUCUAUAUUAACAAUAUAUUUAACCAUGAGGAUUUUUACCAGUUUUGAGUUCUUUUUCUUAAUACAACGGGAUGCAUUGUUUAUCCAUGACAUUUCUGAUACUGCUGAAAGUGGUAACAUUCAUUUAGUACUGUCAGUUAUUUUUAAAACUGAAAUGAACAAUUGGAACCUUAAGUUGUAUAUUUUUUCCGUUACUAUUAGUUACAUAUCUGUAGUUGUUCACUCUACACCUAAAUCUAAAAUGUCUUUUCUCAGCCUAAAAUAUGUCACACAUGGAUCAGAAUUAUCCACCAAAUCUACUUCUUUUUCAUCAUCUUCACACUACUUUUCCUGGUUAGGGUUACAGUAUUAUCAGGCAAACAACGUCAAAAAUGAAUCUGCAUAGAGAAGCACAACAACAGGGAUCCGUGCUGCUGUAUUCUGGUGAAACUUACCAUGAUGCUUUGUGUUUUUUUACAGUUUACCAGUGAUAUCAAUAUGUCUCAACAGGUUUUUAGAACACAGUGUGAUUAUACCCUCAUUAUAUAAAUAUAUUCAGAGUUGUGUGGAUCUGUGACCGUCUGUGUAUUUGUAUUACUGUUGCGUAUGAAUCUCACAUAUGUGAGAGUGAGCGAUUACCAGUUCUGUGAGCCUUUGAUGUUAUCAAACACUUUAUAAUAACCAUUCAUUUCAGACCUGGAGUGAAUUUAACAUUUAUAUAAAAUCCUGUGGUAACCUUAAAUUCCGAUGUCUUCAGAAAUGAAACCUGGAUUCUUUUGUUAAGCAUGUUAGCAUAACGGACUGGGACACAGAGGAUAUAAAUGUGUGUAUAUAAAUGUGUGAAUUUCUUGCCGUUGAAGAAGCUUUUGUAUAUAUUAAAUUACUUUCCUUUAUAUUCUUCAUUAUGUAUUUAUAUAUUGCAAUAUAUAUGUAAAUUGUCUUGUUGAAAAUAAUGUAAAAAUGGAUAAAAGAAUGAAGUUUAGUAUUUUCUGUUGCAUCUCCAUUGUCACUGCAUAGUCACUGUUACUCCUAUAUCUGUUAAAAAGUUAUGUUUUAUUUAUUUAACCAUAUACGUUGCAUAUUUCUUAGCAAAACUAGCCACACAAUUGCAUAACAAAUGAAAUCACUGACAAUGAUUGACUGAUCUGGCAAGGAGACUGAUUUGGAGCAUUAUUCUAUAAAAGUUGUUUGUAAAUAAACCUGUUGGUUUGUACUCUA